UGGCUGGACUCACGUGCCUUGGGGGACUCGGAAGGAGCAGGUUUCUGAGCGGAGGGGCGGCCACAGGCCAGUUUGGGACUGGUAUUUCAGCCCUGUGGGCAGUGUGCCGUGCAUGCAGGGGAAGCCCGGGGUAGGAGGCGUGGACAGGAGGGCAGCAGCGGCGUGCAGGCCAGUCUGGUGUUGUCCGAGGCCUUACUUGACGGUAAACCUCAGUCAGUGCUGAAGGGCUGGAUGAAAGGAGGCAGGAAAGAUCCAGAGAGGGGACCGCUUUUCCAGGCGCCUUCCGCACUCCCAGGAUGGGAUCAGCAUUGAUUUGAUUGCUGGAGGUCAGAUCUGUGCAGCAACAUGGACUCAUCGGAGGAGACUGGGGGCUCCUCCACAGAAGAGAACUACUUUGUGAACUACACCUUCACUGACCGUUCUCACUCAGGCCGCGUAGCUCAGGGUAUUAUGAAGCUCUGUCUGGAGGAUGAGCUCUUUGCUGACGUUACCAUCUCAGUGGAAGGCAAAGAAUUCCAGCUGCACCGUCUAGUGCUCUCAGCUCAGAGCUGCUUCUUUCGUUCCAUGUUCACUUCCAACCUGAAGGAGGCCCACAACAGGGUGAUUGAGCUGCAAGAUGUUAGUGAGAGUGUUUUCCAACUUCUGGUGGACUAUAUUUACCAUGGGACUGUAAAGCUGCGGGCAGAAGAGUUGCAGGAAACGUAUGAGGUGGCAGAUAUGUACCAGCUGACUGCCCUUUUUGAGGAGUGCUCCCGUUUCCUGGCCCGCACGGUGCAGGUGAGGAACUGUCUUCAGGUUAUGUGGCUGGCAGAUCAACACAGUGACAUGGAGCUCUACACCGCUGCAAAGCACUGUGCCAAGUCACACUUGUCACAGCUUCAGGAUACAGAGGAGUUCCUGCACCUACCUCUCCGCCUGCUGACAGACAUCCUUACAGAUGGUGUUCCAUGUUCACAGAAUCCAACAGUUGCCAUAGAAACCUGGAUCAACUUCAACAAAGAGGAGAGGGCAGGCUUCUCGGAGGUGUUGCGAUCCAGUCUAAAGGAGAUUGGGGAGAACGUUCACAUCUACCUGAUCGGGAAGGAGUCAUCACGUACGCACUCACUUGCUGUCUCUCUGCAUUGUGCUGAUGAUGACUCAAUCAGUGUGAGUGGCCAGAAUAGCCUGUGCCAUCAGAUCACUGCAGCUUGCAAGCAUGGCAGUGACCUCUAUGUCGUAGGGGGCUCCAUUCCACGGCGCAUGUGGAAAUGUAACAAUGCCACCGUAGACUGGGAAUGGUGUGCUCCUCUGCCCCGUGACCGGCUCCAACACACCCUUGUCUCCGUGCCCAGCAAGGAUGCUAUAUACUCACUGGGGGGCAAGACGUUGCAGGACACACUCUCCAAUGCUGUCAUAUACUACAGGGUGCGAGACAAUGUGUGGACAGAGACCAGCCAGCUGGAAGUAGCUGUCUCUGGGGCUGCAGGUGCCAACCUCAAUGGUAUCAUUUACCUGCUGGGUGGGGAGGAGAAUGAUCUGGACUUCUUCACUAAGCCCUCCCGGCUCAUUCAGUGCUAUGACACCAAUACAGAGAAGUGCCACGUGAAGCCUUAUGUAUUGCCUUUUGCAGGGCACAUGCAUGCUGCUGUGCAUAAAGACCUAGUGUUCAUCGUGGCUGAGGGGGACUCGCUGCUGUGCUAUAAUCCCCUCCUGGAUAGCUUCACCCGACUCUGCCUGCCAGAUGCCUGGAGCUCAGUACCAUCCCUUUGGAAAAUUGCCAGUUGUAAUGGCAGCAUCUAUGUCUUUCGGGAUCGUUACAAAAAGGGAGAUGCCAACACCUUCAAACUCAACCCUGCCACCUCUGUGGUGACUGUCACCAGUGGCAUCAAGGUGCUGCUCACUAACCUGCAGUUUGUGCUGGCUUGAGGUGACAAGUCCACAGACAAGACAACAUGAACAUUCUGUAGAGCAGCUUAGAGGCACCCAGUUUCCUUAGCACUUGCCCCAACAAGACCAGCUCACAGCACCAUAGAGUGCUCCCUCCUCUUUAGCCCUGCGUGCAGGCAGUAUGAGUCUCCUGGAUGUGAGGCUGUUUUCCCUUUCAGUACACUCUCUCUAAGUUGACUUACAGCAUCUUAAAUCCCAGAUGGACUAAAUAGUGUUACUAUGAUCCUCUGAUAUGAAGCUGUGUUUCAAGCUCAGAUUGCAGCAGAUAGGUUUCUUAGGUCUAGAACUAUCCACCACCAGCAAGCCCUAGCAUGAGCAGCAACCCCUUUUUGUCACAGCCUUUUAAUGUAAUAGCUCAGGAGGCUGCAUGUGCUGCUGCCAUCACUUGUCACAGGGAAUGGCCACCCUGUACACUCCCUAAAAAAGCUCUAUGCAGUUUGAAAUGGGGCUCCAAUAUGAAUGUUUCUUGCUAAGGCUACAGGACCGGCUUUAGGCCAGAGGCACUGACUAAAGUGGACUGUACUGUAGCCUGAUUUCAGAGGUGGGUCCAAGGCCCUGACUUGGUGCUUUGCCCUAACGUAGGGGAGAUGGACUUGCUGCUACUUUGCCACCUAGUAGAAAGAGGAAAACUAUCCUUACAAUACUACUGUGCCAAUGCUGGUUUCUAGCCCCACUAGUGGGGCUCCCAUCCUGCUGACAUUAUACGACAGAGCUGUACGAUGGUUAAAGAUGAAACUAAAGUUCAUUUUCUCACAGCCUUCCCUGAUGGCACUGUAGCCCUUUAGGUGAGAACCUGAAUAAAAGUGUCUGGUGGGACAAAGA